AAAUAACAAGGGUCCGUGGGGCGUGGAUCACGCCACUCACCUCUCACCUGGCUUCCCCUCUUUCCUUUCUUCUUUCCGUGGUCCGUACUCUCUUGUUCCUCUUCCACGUUUCAAAGCCUCCUUCCAAACUCUCCCUCUCUCUCUCUCUCUCUGGAAGCCCCACUUUUUAGCAACUCGGAAUUCUUCGAUUGCAUGCACCAAUUCACAUCAAGCUGAAAAUUGGAGGCCUUUAGCUAUCAAAUAUGUGUGUAUUCUGUGGAUGAAGUACCCGAUUUUGAGCGGUUCCGAUUCUAUCAGUCUUGCAUGGUGUGGUCCGCCAAUCGAUAAACUUAGGGUUUUCUAUUCUUCCGUUCAGAUCGGUUUCGGACCCUCCGGUUCCCGAAUUGGGCCAUUCGGAUUCUGUGGUUCUGAACUUUAUUGAAUUGGAUCGUCUUGGACCUCUGUAAUUUUUUUUUUUUUUCAAAAGUAAGGUCUUAAAACUAUUCUACGGCUUUUUAGUCGAAUUAGGAUUUGAGCUCAAAUUGGGGGGAAUGGAUUCGAGCCGGAGAGCGGUGGAGUCGUACUGGAGGUCCCGGAUGAUCGACGCUGCCACGUCGGACGAGGACAAGGUCACACCGGUUUACAAGUUAGAGGAGGUCUGCAAUCUCCUGCGAUCUUCGCAUGUCAGUAUUGUGAAGGAGGUCUCGGAGUUUAUACUGAAGCGGCUUGAGCACAAAAGCCCGAUUGUUAAACAGAAGGCUCUAAGGUUGAUAAAAUACGCUGUGGGGAAAUCUGGUGUGGAGUUCAGGAGAGAAAUGCAGAGACAUUCAGCUGCUGUUCGCCAGUUAUUUCACUAUAAGGGACAGUUGGAUCCUUUGAAAGGGGAUGCACUCAAUAAGGCUGUACGGGACACUGCUCAUGAGGCUAUCUCUGCUAUUUUCUCUUCAGAGAAUGAUAAGCCAGCUUCUGCUGAGGAUCUUAACAAAAGAAUACAGGGGUUUGGAAAUACAAACUUUGAAAUGCCAUUGGAAGAAAGAAAAUCAUUUCUUAGUGAGGUAGUCGGUCUUGGAAGUGCAUCUAUCAAGCAGGGAAUUAGUUCUUUGACCCAAGGCCAUCUAGUGAAAAAGAAUGACAAUGGAAGUUACAAGAGUCCAAAUCUUCGAAGGUCAUUGACUCUAGAAUCUGAGCAUGUAGAUAGAUAUGAACCUGCUGGUUAUCACAGUGAAGCUGAGUUUGGGAUUUCAAAGAAUGCGGCUAGUGGACGUUGGACCCAUGAUGCAAGAGCAACUAAGAUGGAAACAACCAAUGGGGAUUCCAGUUCAAGUUAUAAAGAAAGUAAUACUCGCGAAGAGAGGUUAUUGGAGACCAUUGUAACAUCAGGUGGUGUACGUUUACAGCCCACUCGAGAUGCUAUUCAGAUAUUCCUUGUAGAAGCUGCAAAGUUGGAUGCUUUGGCUUUAACUCAUGCCCUCGAGUCAAAGCUUCAAUCUCCCCAGUGGCAGGUUCGCAUGAAAGCUGUCUGUGUCCUUGAGUCAGUACUGAGGAAAAGAGACGAUGACCAUUUUUCCACCAUGGAAUCUUAUUUUAGCGAAAAUAGGGAUAUAGUGGUGAGAUGUUCUGAGUCUCCUCAAUCUUCUCUGAGGGAAAAAGCUAACAAGGUUUUAAGCCUUUUAGGUGGAGUACGGGCAGACAGCACAGCGACUUAUUCAGAAAAGUCUGUGCAGGAUGAUGCUACUAAUAUUGUUCAAAUGCCUGACUUAAUAGACACCGGUGAUCCAGAUUAUUAUGAUGACAAUUCAAAGAAUCAAAGUGAUCAAAAUCUUGCAAAUCUGUCAAUGCCAGCCCCUCUAAUUGAUGAUUUAUUGGGAGAUGGUCUGGGCAAUGAUGAUGACCCUUUUGCAGAUGUUUCAUUUCUUGCCAGUGAUAGUGGGGAACAUGCAGAUGACCUAUUUUCUGGGAUGACCAUUGAUGAUAAACAGGUUGCUAAUGGAAAUCAUAUGGCAGGGAAGAAAAAUGGAACUGAACUAUUAGAUUUAUUUGUGUCUGACCAUGAACAUCAGGGGCAAGAAAGUCAUAAAAAAGAUAUUAAUGACUUGAUGGCUGGUGUUUCCAUUAGCGAAAAUGCCUCAAACUUGAAGCAGAAAGGAACCACUUCUGGAGAUUUUUCUGAAACUAUGUUUUCAGAUUCAGAUAGCAAUCCCAGCCAUCAGGUUCCUAUUGAAUCUUUGGGUGGCAUGUUUAGCUCUCAAAUGGCUAUGAAGAAUGCAAAUUCUAAGUUUCUACCUGGUGCUAUGUCAUAUAAUAUACCUCCUGGCUUCAUGUUCAACCCAGCUUAUUCUUCUCAGCCAAUAAAUUAUGCUGCCCUGGGAAGUCUUUUUGCUCAGCAGCAAUUGUUAGCAAGCCUCCAACACUUUGGGAACCUGAAUGCCCAAAAUGCUGGCAUCAGUCAUGUUGACGGUAUAAAUGGAGCGAACUAUUCUUCACCCCUUCCUGAUGUAUUCCAAUCGAACUUUGCAACUCAAACUCCCAGUUCAAUGAUGAAUGGUUCAAAGAAAGAGGAAACCCGAGCUUUUGACUUUAUCUCGGACCAUCUUGCUGCCACUCGUGAUCAGAAGAGAAUGGUUUGAUUCUAUGAGCUUAUGCUACAUUAUCAAGGAUUGGUUCGGGACUUUUGAGUAUGGCUUUACACCAAGUAGAUUGAAGCAGCAUGUGUACACUUACAAGAAGGUAUUCUUUUGCAAUAAGGGAACAUUUGGAAACAUUAAUGAGUCAUGUUUCCAUGAUAAUUAUAUUGCAAGUGAUACCAAGGAAAUUCCCGGGACGAAGAAAGAGCAGUAAUGCUUAUGGGGAUUUUUUGUAUUCGAGAUGGAAAAAUGAGACGUUGUGCAGUUAGCUCGAUGAGUAUUUUGAAUCUGUAUUGUCGGCAUUUAUUGGAUAUGUUUCUCCUUUGUAUUGAGCUGGUAGAGUGUGAAGAGUGUUCUGUUAUUUUCAGCCCUUAAGAAAAAGAUAAAAUAAAACGUUUUCUCCUCCAGCCGAUUACUUGUGCGUGUUUUUUAACACACAAAAUCAAUAAACACAGUAAACUGUUCCUUUA